CCUUGCCCUUGUCCUGAGUGCGCGUGGACAGGUGCAUGGUCGGACACUAUGGCGCGACUAUUCUUGCCAUUCCUGCUUCUUGUGGCGAACCUGGGUUUGCUGACAGCUGCUCAGAAUCAGACUGCAGCAGGCUGGGAGAUCUUCGACGAUGGACUGACAACCGCGGUCAAAUGGGAUCAUUACAGUUUCCAUGUCAAUGACCAACGAAUCUUCGUCUUCUCCGGCGAGUUCCACUAUUGGCGCAUCCCCGUUCCGGGCUUGUGGAGGGACAUUCUCGAAAAGAUUAAAGCUGCUGGUUUCACCGGGUUCUCCAUCUACACUAGCUGGGGGUACCACGCCCCGAACAACCAGACGGUCGACUUCUCCACCGGUGCUCGCAACAUCACCUCCAUCUUCGAGCUUGCUGAAGAGCUGGGUCUGUAUAUCAUUGUCCGCCCCGGACCGUACGUCAACGCGGAAGCCAAUGCUGGUGGGUUCCCCUUGUGGUUGACCUCUGGUGAGUACGGAACGUUGCGCAACAAUGAUUCUCGGUACACGGAGGCUUGGAAGCCAUACUUCGACGAGGUGUCCCAGAUUACCAGUCGCUACCAGGUACCCGACGGCCAUAAUACGCUUUGCUACCAAAUCGAGAACGAGUACGGAGACCAAUGGCUUACCGACCCGAGCGAGAGGGUUCCUAAUGAAACUGCCAUUGCUUACAUGGAGCUUCUUGAGGCAAGCGCACGCGACAAUGGGAUCACAGUUCCGUUGACUUUCAACGAUCCAAACAUGAACGCGAAGUCCUGGUCUAGUGACUGGUCGGAUGCUGGAGGCAACGUCGACGUUACUGGUCUUGACUCUUAUCCCUCUUGCUGGUCAUGCGACGUUAGCGUAUGCACAUCCACCAACGGCGAGUAUGUCGCUUAUGAGCUGGUUGAGUACUACACCUAUUUCCAAGAGUUCCAACCCCACAUGCCUUCGUUCCUUCCCGAGUUCCAGGGCGGCGCCUACAACCCUUGGGCUGGUCCUGAGGGCGGAUGCGGUGAUGACACUGGUGCAGACUUUGUCAAUCUCUUCUACAGAUGGAACAUCGCGCAGCGGGUCACCGCCAUGAGUCUGUACAUGCUGUACGGCGGGACCAACUGGGGUUCGAUUGCCACCCCGGUGACCGCGACAAGUUAUGACUACUCCGCGCCCAUCUCUGAGGAUCGUUCAAUUGGUUCCAAGUACUACGAGACCAAGCUGUUGUCGCUGUUCACUCGGAGUGCGACCGAUUUGACCAUGACAGAUCUUAUCGGAAAUGGAACACAAUACUCCAAUAACUCCGUCAUUACCGCGUACGAGCUCCGCAACCCUGAGACCAAUGCUGCGUUCUACGUGGCGCGGCAUGCGGACUCCACGUCGGACACGAAUGAAGCUUUCAAGCUGCACGUCAACACGUCGGCUGGAAACUUGAUUGUGCCCCGCACGGAAGGUGCGAUUAGACUCAAUGGACAUCAAUCCAAGAUCAUCGUGACGGACUUCAGCCUGGGCUCAGAGACUCUGCUGUACUCUACCGCCGAGGUGCUCACCUACUCCGUCAUCGACAAUGAGCCGACACUUGUCCUUUGGGUGCCCACUGGUGAGUCCGGCGAGUUCGCUGUAAAGGGUGCUAAGUCCGGAUCCGUUGUGUCCAAGUGCUCAGGAUGCUCCCAGCCAACCUUCAAGCGCCAGGGAGGCAGCCUCACCGUUAGCUUCACUCAGUCCACUGGAAUGAGUGUCCUAAAAGUCGACGACAAGCUGCGCGUGGUCCUCCUUGAUCGGACCACGGCCUAUCUAUUCUGGGCCCCUACCCUGACGGCGAAUCCUCUGGCACCUGCCAAUGAAACAGUACUCAUCCAAGGUCCGUACCUCGUCCGUUCCGCUAAGCAGGAUGGCCAAACUCUCAAGAUCACGGGCGACGCGGUCAACGCCACGGAGAUCGAAGUCUUUGCUUCCGAGAAGGUCAAGACCUUGACCUGGAAUGGCAAGCAGCUCAAGUCGACCAAAACUGCUCACGGUAGUCUGCGGGCUUCUCUGGCUGCACCCAAGACCAUUACUCUACCGGCCAUCACCUCGUGGAAAUCGAACGACAGUUUGCCGGAGCGCAGCGUAGGUUAUGAUGAUACUGGCGCAGCCUGGGUUGCGGCCGACCAUAUGUCGACCUACAAUCCCAAUCCUCCCGCUACACUUCCCGUCCUCUACGGAGAUGACUAUGGAUUCCACAACGGUAUCCGUCUGUUCCGCGGAUACUUCAACAGUUCCGCCUCGGGUGUAUUCCUCAACGUCCAAGGUGGACUUGCCUUCGGCUUCUCCGCCUGGUUGAACGGCCAUUUCGUCGGCUCUUAUCUUGGCAACGCCACCGUCGACCAAGCCAACAAGACGAUUACCUUCCCCGCUGACCUCCUCUCCACCAACCCCACCACCACCCCCAACGUCCUCCUUAUCGUCCACGACGACACUGGCCACGACGAGACCACCGGCGUCCUCAACCCCCGUGGUAUCCUCGAAGCCCGCCUCCUUUCCAACACUUCCGAGACCCCCGAGUUCACUCACUGGCGCCUCGCCGGCACCGCCGGCGGCGAGUCGAACCUCGACCCCGUCCGCGGCGUUUACAACGAAGACGGCCUCUUCGCCGAGCGCGUUGGCUGGCACCUCCCCGGCUUCGACGACAGCGCCUGGACUGCUGCCGCCUCUUCCUCGUCUCUGUCCUUCACCGGCGCGACCAUCAAAUUCUUCCGCACCACCGUCCCCCUGCAUAUUCCCGCGGGACUGGACGUUUCCAUCUCCUUCGUGCUAGGCACCCCCGACGACGCCCCUAGCAACGCCUACCGCGCCCAGCUGUUUGUCAACGGGUACCAGUACGGUCGCUACUACCCUUACAUCGGCAACCAGGUCGUCUACCCGGUCCCUGCCGGAGUGCUCAACUACGAUGGUGAGAACACCAUUGCUGUGGCGGUGUGGGCGCAGACCGAGGCCGGCGCGGGCAUGACCGUCGACUGGCGCGUCAACUAUGUGGCGGAGAGUUCGCUGAAUGUGGCGGAGCUGGAGACGGCGGAGUUGCGGCCGGGCUGGACGGCUGUGCGUGAGAAGUAUGCUUAGUUGACUUUUCCCUUUCUUGUUCUAGAGGGGUGGUUAGGUAUAUCUAUUUUCGUAGUUUAGUUGUCUGAUGUCUAGCCCGAACAUCCUGAUAGCUUGAACGAGUGAAUGUGUAAAUGGGCCAAUGAAUAAACUAGAGGAAUCAUGCGUUCAAGGAUCAAUUUAG